GUACUUUUGUUGAGUAGGUGGUAACUCUUAUAUAGUGUGUUAUUUUACUAUUAAAAAUAUUUUAAUUAAAACAUGGAUUUUAUAUUAUAUAUGUUUAUGACUGUGAUGUUAAAAUUAUCCUAUGCUAUACAAGCACGCAGUGAUCGAGAACAACAAGUUUCAGGUGCGGUCGCACUAACUCGCUCUGACAGUGCUAAUAAUUAUCGUAUUUGGGGACCUAAGGUAUUGUGCUCUAUGCUGCCUGAGGAUUUUCUUGAGUGCAAUAAACCUAUCGACCAUAAAGAUAAUAAAACAGCUAAGGAGGAAAAGGGGUACGGCUGUUUAAAAUUUGGUGGUCUCAAUUACGAAGACGUCGAACACACAAAAGUUUUGUGCACUGUAUUUUCUGAUAUAGAUUGCCAUGGGCCAAGAACCUUCAUGAGAGAUGGAGUCCCCUGCAUACGGUACUCUGAGCACUACUUCCUAACAACCCUUUUAUACAGUCUGCUGUUAGGAUUUCUGGGCAUGGAUAGAUUUUGCCUUGGGCAAACUGGUACUGCGGUUGGAAAACUUCUAACGUUGGGUGGUAUCGGCGUUUGGUGGGUUGUUGACAUCAUAUUAUUGUUAACGAAUCGACUAACGCCCGAAGAUGGUAGCAAUUGGAAUCCUUACGUGUAAACGCAAAAUAUUUUUCAAAUAAAUUUUUAUUUAAGUUUCAAUACUUUAAAACUAAAAGAAAAAAU